GAAACAAAACAAAACGGACGACUUUCCAAGAGUAAGUAAGAACAGCUCUGGGCAGUCUAUUUGACAUUAUUUCGAUAUUUAAACUUCGUACAAGUUCACAUACAUUGGAAUAUGAACUACAACGAAUAAAGAUAGAAGAAUGCGAAUCAACGAAGGAAAUCCUGUAGCGACCAGUACUCUUUCUUCAGAAUCGAUGACCACUUCCAUCAGAAGCUUGGAUGAUGAUCCUACGACGUCGCCAAAAUCUUCUCUUCCUUUAUCUACGUUAUUUAUCGAGGACUGUGUUUACAGAGGAGAAGGAAAUGCUAAUGUUGUUAUUGCACUUCCACAAGAACGCAAAGUAAUUCGAUUUCGGAAAUCGCUGCCGAACGCUGUUUCAUCAGAUAGCGGCAAAGAACGAAUCAAACAAGAAGUGGAAUUCGUGAAAUUUGUGGCUUUCUGUUUUUUGGGCCAGUACACGCAAAUUCCCGAGAUCCUUCGUUAUGAUGCGAAAGACAUAGCUAAACUUUCAGAAGCUAUUCGCACUCUUCGAUCAGAUAAACGACGUAAUAAGGAAAUUAUGGAGACAUAUGCCACAAAAUUUCCAGAUUAUACGUUCCUUCCAAUAAAAUUCGAUACUAUUAAUUUUCGAACUAGAAAAACGUUCUGUGUCGAAAUUAAACCAAAACAAGGCUAUUUGCGAGAUAUCGAUCGAAAAUUUCAAAAGUGUCCUUACUGUCUGACACAGUAUUACAAGUUAAAGAAGAAGAUGAUUACAUGCCGUAGCAGUUAUUGUCCGUUUGAUCUCUUUUCGGGAGUGGAAACACGUAUGAAAUCAGCAUUGAAAGGAUUGCUAAAAUCACCACAGAAUAAUCUCAAGAUUUUUAAAGAUGGUGUUAUAAUUUAUGACCAAGAAUCAAAUUCAAGCGAUCUUGAAUGUGUCUUAACAGAAUGGUUUUGCAAUUCUAUUAAUUCUGCGAAUAAAGGAUACAUUGAUAAAUUCUGUAAUUUAAUUUGUACUGUUCUUUUACGUCCAUUUAUUUCCGAAGAAUUUAAGUUUUGUACAUUUCCUACAUAUGAAUUGUGCACAUCUAUCGUUGAACAAGAUACGAAGACGACCACAUACAUUAAUCCAGAUCUAAUAGCAAAAGCUAAGAAAUUAUUAUAUUUUGCUGGAGAGAUGUGUAACUUGAAAGCGGAAACAUUACCAAAUAAUUCGGUACUAGAACGAAUACUUAAUAUGCAAAGGUUACCUUUCGUUAGUUCAGAAUACGUUUAUAAUACAUAUUUAAAGUUUCAUUCAUGGUUAACUGACGAUAUUAUCUAUUCUAAUUUAAUAAAUACGAUCAAAUUUAAUGAAUAUCGAAUAUCUUAUCUCAAACAAAAUAAAUCAUUAAAUCAAGUGGGAAGCCCUCUAACAUUAAAACAAAUUCAUAUACAAACAUGUGCCAAAAAUACUACAACUUCUAACAAAUCAAACGUUAAUGACGAUUCUAUUGGCAACAAACAUAUUAAUGAACCUAACGAAAAUUUUCUUAUAUCGAAAUCAAUUUUAAUUCCAAUUGAAAAAAAUAAUUUUCGCUACAAUAAUGUAAUAAACAACGAAGAUAAAGUACAUUAUAAUGAAAGAGAAACAUAUUUUUAUGUAAAUACUGAAAGUAUAUUAUGCUUGCAAAAUUACCUCUUAUUUUCAUGUGCUAGAGAUUGUUCGAUAUUGAUGUCAUUUCGAGAAAUAAAUCCGAAUACCAUAUCAUCUACCAUCGAUGAUAAUAUAGUACAACUUCCGGAUGGACUUAGCUUUGUUUACAAUAUCAGAAUUUCUGAUAUAGAUCCAAAAAGCUUACAUUGCAUUGAAAAACAUCGCCAACGAGAUAUUGAUGUUUUAAAUUCAGUAAUAUCUCUUCUAGAACAAGAAUUUAUAAUUAAAAAUCAAAAUUCAUUUGAAAAAUGAUUACCGUAAUAAUAAUUUUCAAUCAAGACUUUGUUCUAUAAUGUUCCUAUAUUUCAUAUCUUCUAAAAGUAUAGAAAUUAUAUAGUUCAAAUAUACGUACAUAUCUCUUCGUAUGGAAAAUACACAGAGUGUUCGCAUUAUUUUUAUCCAGCAUUUUUUUCAGAAAUGGUAAACAAGAGAAAAAAAUGGCAGUGGACAAAGUUGUAUGGUUUGCAAACGUACAUAAAUAAUAACUGUAAAUAAUAAACCCUCUCGAUAGUGAUUUCAAUUCAUUGUUUGAUUCGUGUCUGCUAUUCAGUAUUCUUACAAUUAAGUAUAUCGUUACAAUUAGGUAUAUCGUCGUGAUAACUUCUGUGCAAUUUAGCAAAUAUUCUAGAAUUCUGUUGAUCAAAUGAAGAAUUUAUUCAGAUAUUCAAAAGCAUCAUUUUUUAAAUAAAAGAUCAUCAUGAGAAAGACAUUCAAAAGCAUUAUUUUUUUUAAUAAGAAAAGAGUUUCAAUAAUCAUUUUA